AUGGCGUUGUGGCGCCACUUCUUCUGGCUGGCUGACCAACACGGAUUUCAGAUCCCGGCCAUAGCCGAGUUUGUGCCCAGACGAGCGUCCCUGCCAACUCCCCAAAUUCCGGAGGGCCUUGGCAGCACCCAACAGGAUGAUGCAGUGAACCGACGUUGCGGUAUCCCAUACGCUGAUACGGUCGAUGCGGAUCGCUUCGCCCUUGAAGGGGACAGACUGUGGCAGCCCUGGGAGUCCCCACAGGUUACAGGUGUGUUCUUCCGACGGUCACAAUUCCAGACCUUCUUUCGUUACCUUUGGGGUGGGAAUGGAAUCAAUCAGGCUACAAAUGCCGCAGACGAAUCGGCAGCGACAGAGGAAGCCGUGGCGGUAGAUCAGGAGCUUCCCCAUCGUCAUCUUGAGCAUCGAAUGCCAUCGCCAAGCUUCUCUCCCACUUUCCAGAUAAGCUGUCCGGCUGAUGACGACUGGGUUAUGACAAUGUGGGACCAUGGGAUAGUACCACUGGAGAUGCCUGCGGGCAAUCUGGAGGUGGUCAUAACCAUCGCGGGUCACGACCUAAAACGAAUCUCGCUGCCGAAUGACGAGCUUAUCAUCAACAACUUCUUCAAUGGACUGAAAGAGCGUAGAUUUGUUAUCCACAGCCUGGAUUACCACACAGUGUCCGCAGAGCCAAGUUUUUAUCUCUGGCAUCUGAGGUACCCAUGGGAAAGAGUUCAGGCCAUAUUGACCGAGGAGAAUGUGGAAGAGUAUACGGCAUCCGACGAAAAUCAACGCAAAAGGAGAAGAACAGGGAUUGCUGAGGCAAUAGAUGACAUUGCCGCGUGGGUGGACGAGCAAAUUCUUAACUUAUCCGUUCCCGCUCCCUACCCUUGGGACUGGGAUGAGGAGUAUUGA